AUGAAAAUCUCAUUAGUAAUUUUAAUGUUAUCAGUCUUUUUAGCUUUGGCCUUUGGUGUUUCCGAUAAGGUAGAUGGUGGUACUCCAGUCGAAUGUUUAUGGGCACCAUCCGCCGAAUUCUGUCAAAGACAAGGUAAAGUUUUAGUACCACAAACCAGAACUGAAUGUGCAUACUGCAAGGAUCCAGACACUCAAAUCUAUUGUUUUUGGUUGCCAACCGAAGAGUUUUGUGCCAGUCAAGGUAAAGUCUUAGUACCACAAACCAGAACAUCAUGUGGAUAUUGUGCCGACCCAACCUCUGGUACUCCAAUCCAAUGUCUCUGGGCACCAACCGCCGAAUUCUGUCAAAGACAAGGUAAAAUCCUGGUACCACAAACUCCUACAAGUUGUGCCUAUUGUGCAGACCCUAAUAUUAUUCAACAAAUAUAUCAAUCAAUCAAUGACUUAUUUCGAAUUGAAGACUCGAUAGAUUCUACUGCCAAAGUUUUUAAGACUAGUUCUAUUGAACACAUUUUAGAUAUUCAACAGGAUCUGGAUUUAUUUUUGAAGAAUGAAAUGAAUUUCCAUAACUUAAUCUGCCCAGUCUGCAAAGAAAUAGCAAAAGAAGAUCUUGUGACUGUGUAUCAGAUUAAAGUCAAUGAUUCUGAUAUAGUUUACUGUAGAAGUUGUGUAGAAAAAGGUACCACUCAAAAUUCAAAAUACAUUUUGGAUACUGAUGAAGGUACAAGGACAAUGAAAUCGAUUAGAAGAAAAUUACUCAGAAAAUAUGAUAAUAUUAAAAUGAAAUUACAUCUUUUUAGGAAAGAGUUAAUGGUUGAAUUGGAAUGCCCCGAAAAUGAAGAUGAACCAACUACUGGAACCCAACUUGUAUAA